AUGCGUCCAGUCUCUCCCCGUCGCUCGAUGAGUCCGCAAUCAACGGUGACCAGUCCCACUGACGUUGACGAACUUGAUAUGUACCCACCCCUUCAGCACCAGACCAAGACCGCACACGUGCAGAGCAUGGCGCACUACGAGUCCAUGUACAAGCGUUCGCUCGAGGACCCAGAGCAUUUCUGGGGCGAGCUCGCCCGCGAGAACUUGGACUGGCUCCGAGGCUUUGACCAGACUGUCACCGGCAGUAUGGAAAAGGGGGACGUGGCCUGGUUUCUCAACGGUCAGACGAACGUCAGUGUCAACUGCAUCGACCGUCACGUCCGGAAACACGCGGACAAGGUGGCAAUUAUCUGGGAAGCUGACGAGGUCGGUCAGGGCCGCAAGAUUACGUAUGCAGAGCUGCUGGAAGAGACGUGUCGAGUAGCGAAUGCUAUGAAGCACGCAGGGGUCAAGAAGGGCGACACGGUGGCUAUUUACAUGCCAAUGAUCCCUGAAAUCGCCUUUGUCAUGCUGGCCUGCACGCGCAUUGGAGCUGUGCACAGUGUCGUUUUUGCAGGGUUUUCGGCUGAAGCUCUGCGGGACCGCCUCAUUGAUGCUUCGACCCAAUGGGUCUUUACUUCUGACGAAGGCAAGCGUGGCGGCCGCACGCUGCCACUGAAGCAGAUUGUUGAUGUUGCAGUAGACGGUCUGGAGUUUGUGCGCAACGUGUUUGUCUUCAGGCGCACGCGGAAUCCGGAAGUAAAGAUGAACACAAAGAUUGACAUUGACAUGGAGAAGGAGAUGCAGCGACACCGUCCGUACUGUCCUGCCGAGUGCAUGGACUCGGAGGACCUGAUGUUUAUCCUGUACACAUCGGGAUCAACUGGUUCUCCCAAGGGAAUCGCUCACACGACAGCAGGGUAUUUGCUGUAUGCGAUGAUUACUUGCAAAUAUACCUUCGACUUGCAGCCGGACGAUGUACACGCGUGUGUCGCUGAUGCGGGUUGGAUCACCGGCCACAGCUAUAUCAUCUACGGACCACUUGCCAAUGGCGUGACGACUGUGAUGUUCGAGAGUACGCCGAUGUACCCCGACUGCGGUCGUUACUGGGACCUCAUUCAGCGUCACAAGGUGACCAAGUUUUACACUGCUCCGACGGCCAUCCGUGCGUUAAUGGCUCGCGGCAAUGAUAAAAUUGCCAACUACGAUCUGUCUAGCUUGAAAGUCCUGGGCAGUGUUGGCGAGCCAAUCAACCCAGAGGCAUGGAAAUGGUACUACGAAGUUGUUGGUAACCGCCAAUGCUACAUCACCGACACGUACUGGCAAACGGAGACUGGAGGACACAUUGGUGUGGGCCUCCCAGGCGCCACUCCUAUGAAACCAGGCUCGUGCUCGAAGCCGUUCUUCGGUAUUGAUUUCGUGAUUACUGAUGAGCAUGGCAACGAGAUAAAGGGCAACAACGUCGAGGGCCAGCUUUGCAUCCGUAAACCCUGGCCGGGCUUAGCUCGUACUGUGUAUGGCAACCAUCACCGCUACUUGCAGGUAUACAUGUCAACACACAAGGGACUGUACUUUACUGGCGAUGGUUGUCGUCGCGACAAGGACGGCUAUUACUUUAUCACGGGCCGUAUCGACGAUGUGCUGUGCACGUCCGGUCACCGUAUUGGCACGGCAGAAAUCGAAAGUACGCUGGCAGCACACAAUGUUGUCGCAGAGGCAGCUGUAAUUGGGAUCCCGCACGGUAUCAAGGGCGAGGGUAUCUGCUGCUUUGUGACGCUAGUGGACAGUAUGAAGCCGUCAAAGGACGUGGAGAACGAGUUGGUGCAGCAAGUCCGUGCGCACAUCGGUGCUUUUGCGGCUCCUGAUCUGAUCGUCCUGGUGUCUGGCCUGCCAAAGACGCGGAGUGGCAAGAUCAUGCGCCGCGUGCUGCGCAAGAUUGCACAUGGUGAGGAGGACUCGUUAGGCGAUGUAUCGACGCUGGCUGAUCCGUCGGUCGUGCCGAUGUUGAUUACGAACACAAAAGCAGCGCUCGUGGGAAAGUCGUUUUGA